CAGUGGCUAUAUGCUCUUAGAGGGGAGGAAGGCCAUAAUUCUUCUUCAGCUUUGGGCCCCAUGUUUUUGGAUUUUGUGCUGGUGAAAACCCACCCCAAUGCCCUGAUGACUCAAAAAGAAGGAACUUCUUCUAUAAGUGGUCAGCCUGAUGAAUUCUGUGCUCCAUAGUUUUCUUGCUUGUUCUUGAGCCAUGAAUUGUCCAUCUGUUGUAGGCAUUCUUUAAGGAAACGAGCCGCUUCCCUUUUUUGAUCGAAUUAGUGGAGAUUUCUUCCCAUUAGGAAAAGUAAAAUACAAUUGUACAAGUCUCAAACGUGAUUUGGAUCUGAGCUCCAAUGCUCUCCCACUUUAGCUCUUAUGUCCAGAGAGGGAACGACAUUGGUUAUUCUUUUGGUAGCUUAUUGUCUGAGCAAAGAUGAACAGUCAAGAGAGGCUGGUUUUUUAGAAGUGAUGAGAUGAAUGUCUAGCAAAAAGGAUUUUCUUUCUAAAUCCAAGUGGUACCUGAAACUUGAUAGCUCGGCAAAUCCAAUAGACCGGCAGUAGCAUUUCCUGAGAGUGCAAUUCCAGCAUCUUGGACUGGGAUGGAGAAUGACAUUUUCAAUGGCUCAUUCCUCAAUUUUAGUCAAAGUAACAUGAUUCUUGAUCCAACCUUUGGUUCUUUUCUCCAGUCAGGCAUACCGGGCAACAACAUCCACAGGCAAAUGUUUGCCGGUAAUCUCUUUGUUUCUGCAGUUCAAGACACAGCAACUGCUGAUGUUUAUUUGACAAGCAGGGAAGCUAGUCCAUUUAGUGGCACCUCAUUUUCUAGAACCUUUACUCAGAUUGGUAAUGAUUCAUUCAAUCGAUCCAUUGCCAAUGUUGGCCUCCGUGAGCAUUUUUCAGGAACUUCCCUUUCUGCCACUUCACUUGCUAAUCUUUUAUCUUCCACCACCUGUGUGCCAGAAAACAGUACCGGGGAGGAUAUGAUAGUUACUUCGUCACUUGCAGCAUCACCUCACUGUAACUUUGGGUCGCCAAGCGAUAUCAAUCUCAUGUGGAAUCAGAGCGAAUUGGUCGGUCAUCAAGUGCCUUUAGGCAAAACAUUCAGUGUAGUUCAACCAUCCUAUCAUAUAAAGAAGGGUUCACUGCCUGGUUGGAACUGUCACGACCCGAAUUGGAAUUUCUGGCAUGCUUAUGGCAACCCAGCACCGGCUCCAGGUAGUGAACUUUCUCUCAGUGUUGGUUCCUGUCAGCCAUGUGGCCCAUGUCUCACCGACGCUGGCAAUAUUGCUGAUCAAUGCUCCGAGAUAAGCUGUUCUGCUGUAACUCAAGUUACAUCAGCAGACAGUGCGCACCGUUCAACUGAGUUUCAAGCUUCCAAUCAUGCUAACCAAAGCUCUCUCGAUGAUUUCUGUUUGAGAAUGGCACAAAAGGAGAAUAAUGCAUGCACUGAGAAGCCUUCUCUAAAUCACAGCUCUUCUCGCUUCGUUCAGUUAUCCCAUAUGUUGUCAAGAUCAAAAUAUCUUGAUGCAGUGCAAGAAGUUCUUGCUGAAUUUGCUACAUGUGCACUAGCAGAUUUCAACAACAUGAAUGAUUCACUGGAGGCUAAAGUGUCUUUUUCUUCAAGCUGCUCUAGCACGCCAGAACACCCUAUAACUGUUUCAGAAUUGCUACUUGCAUUUGGGCAAACUGAAACUCUGGACAAUGUGGAUUCUCAAAUGUGCCAGGAAGCUAAUAGAAAGAAAAGUGAGCUGCUAACAAUGCUUCAAUUGGUGGAUCACAGUUACAAUCACUGCUUGGAGCAGAUGCAAGAUGUCAUGGCCUCUUUUGUUUCCCUAAUCCAGUCAAGCACCUCUGAUCGCCAUGCCCGCUUUGCAUUACAUUCAGUUUCUUCACUAUAUAAAAGCUUAAAAAGGAGAAUUACUAGUCUGGUUAUACUGAUUGCUCAACAAUCUGGUGCCGAAAAACUCAAAGGAAAGGAAAAGAACCUUGAAUCCUCAUUGCUCCAGAAGCAGUGGGCUCUGCAACAGCUGAAGAAGAGUGAACAACAAUCUUGGAGGCCACAGAGAGGUUUGCCUGAAAAAUCUGUCUCCGUUCUACGAACUUGGAUGUUCGAGAACUUUUUGCAUCCUGUGGAUGAUCUCAGGUACCCAAAAGACAAUGAGAAGCAUUUACUUGCAAUAAAAAGUGGUUUGACUCGGAGUCAGGUGUCGAAUUGGUUUAUAAAUGCUCGCGUGCGUCUUUGGAAACCGAUGAUUGAAGACAUGUACUCAGAGCUCAACAAAAAGAGAACAGAUGAAGCAUUGGAUGGUGAAAGCAGGAGCGAAAAUGGAAACCUUUGCGGUCCAAGUUUUCUAGCCAUCUAAAGAUCCAAGCUUCUACUAGAACUGUUCAAGUAAUUCUCAGCAUUUGGCCAUGGCAACUCUUCUUCAUGGUGAGAAAAUGAUGUUAUCAUUUGUACUUAUUGGUUCUUGUACUGUCGAUCCAAGAUUCUGUAUAUGCAUAUUGGGAUGUCAAAUUUAGUCU